GCACGGGGCGGAAGUGCCGAGGAGACCCGAGAGUUUCCGGACGUGGCCGAGGCCGCGCCGACGGCUUCCGGAGAGAGCCGAGAGGCCCCGAGCGGCGGCGCCCGGGCGCAGUCAUGGCGGCGUCCGGGAGCGGCGAGGAGCCGGCGCUGGAGGCCGGGGCGCUGGCGGCGGCGCGGGAGCGCAGCGGCCGCUUCCUGAGCGGCCUGGAGCUGGUGAAGCAGGGCGCCGAGGCGCGCGUCUUCCGCGGCCGCUUCCUGGGCCGCGCGGCCGUGGUCAAGCACCGCUUUCCGAAGGGCUACCGGCACCCGGCGCUGGAGGCGCGGCUCGGCCGCCGGCGCACCGUGCAGGAGGCCCGGGCCCUGCUCCGCUGCCGCCGCGCAGGGAUAUCCGCCCCGGUGGUCUAUUUUGUGGACUACGCUUCCAACUGCUUGUACAUGGAAGACAUCGGAGACUCCGUGACGGUUCGAGAUUAUAUUGAGUCCACGAUGGAGGCGGAGAACGCGCCCCAGAGCCUCCUGGGGCUCGCCAAGACUAUGGGGCAGGUGCUGGCGCGCAUGCACGACGAGGACCUCAUCCACGGCGACCUCACGACCUCCAACAUGCUCCUGACCCGCCCCCUGGACCCGCCGCACAUCGUGCUCAUCGACUUCGGGCUGAGUUUCGUGUCGGCGCUUCCCGAGGACAAGGGGGUCGACCUGUACGUGCUGGAGAAGGCCUUCCUCAGCACCCACCCGCACACCGAGUCGCUGUUCGAAGCCUUUCUGAAGAGCUACGCCGCCGCCUCCAAGAAGUCCCCGCCCGUGCUGAAGAAACUGGACGAAGUGCGCCUGAGAGGGAGGAAGAGGUCCAUGGUCGGGUAGGAGCACGGGCGCGACAGCCACGCACGGGGCACGCCAGGCACCGGCCAGUGGCUUCCGGGGAAUGCCCCGAGGAUGAGAAUGGACCUCAAUAAAGGGGGUGGCCCUGUGUUCCAACGUGUCUGCGAGGGUGCUUGUGGGACACAUCGUCUGCCUUGGGCCCUUCUCAGAUCCUUGCCACGGACAGAGGCCUGUUGGAGGCAGAGGUUUGGGAUCCCGGUACAGGCGGGACAUACGGCCUCCAGGACGGUGACUCCCAUCCCUCAGGGACCCCCCUCCGGAGCACGCGCUUCAGUUCAAGUCUGGGGACGAGGACACAGUCCCGUCGGGAGAGCAUUGCUUUACCUGCACCCUGGUGUCUUGGGAGCACCAUGGCUGAGUCCGUGACCGAUAUCUCUUGAAACUAAUAGGAUGGGGUACAACCAGUACGUAGCAAAGGAGAUAGAGCACCAGGGAGAGGGUGCCAGGGGCGAAGGCUUUGCAUGCCCGAACCCCGGGUUCAGUCCUGGUCCUUCUCUGCCUGCCCCCCCCCCACUCCCAGUACCUCAGGGAGGGAUUCAUGAGCAUUGCUCAGGGAGUAGACCCUGAGCAUGGCCAGGCGGGGCCCCAAAAUGGUACUGAAGUGCAUUUCACAUGGUAGGUUCCAUUGGUGAAACUUGGAUAUCUGUCUAGACGAGGGAAUAUAUGUGUUUUGAGGACCAUGGGGGAGGUAAACGUCGACAGAUGAUUCUUAAGUUCAGUUUCUCCUAAAAAGAAAAAAAGCAAGCCCAGCUUUUUGGCGACUGUAACUUCCACAAAAUUAUUUUGAUUCCUCUUUAUUUUUAUGGUAAACUAAUUAACUGAUUGGUACCAAGGUGCCUAUGGGGGAAAAAGGGGUUUACUCCUGGCUGCACUCAGGGCUCACUCCUGGCAGUGCUCAGGGCACCGUAUGGGGUGCCAGGGAUGGAAUUCAGGUCUUGCCACGUGCAAGGCAAAUGUCCUACCCACUGGACUAUCACUCCAGCCAGCUCAGGAAUAAUUCAGAUGGAAAGUGCUGUGGGCUGGUUCAUGGCUAGAGGAGCUGCCCUGGAGGCGGUCUCUGGCGUGGGACGGUGCCCACCGCGUGCCCUGCACCUGCUAGCGUCCCAGGAAUGAAUGAAACCUUCAGGGGAACUGUGGUAGAAUGCUGGGAAUUACUAGACCUCAGCCUCUCAGUCCAGAAGACUCUAGUAUUGGUCUGAAAUAAAUCUCGGGAGAUCGUCUUUGUUUUAUCGAUGGAGAAUCAGGCUCCAAAAGGGAAGACCGGGUCUCCGAUGUCACCAGCAGGGAGGGGUGCUGAGAGACUAGCUCCGAAGCCCACCUUGGCUUUCCUGGGCCUCGGGAGGAAUGAGCUACUGCCUGUGAUGCGUCUGUACUUACGGGCGCUCGGUAUCGCAGAGCUCCGAAGAGCCAAGGAGCUGGCAGCAGGGUUUGCAAUAAAGCAGCGACACUCA